UACGAAGGUUGCAUGGUGGAAAUUCAAGGGAGGGGAGAAACAGCAGCAAAGACCCAAAGUGGCAGAGAAGGAGCAAGCCAGGGAGAAAAACCCAAGACGGAAUGGGCAGAAGAAGAGGAAAGCAGGAUUCGUCUGGGUCCCACCUUGUGGGAGGUUUCAAAGGACCUCCCCAAAGGUGUCCUGGUGAGAACCUGGCCAGCUGCAAAGAGGAGCACCCAAUAAAAUGGACAGCUCUAAAUUCAGGAUGGGGUGUUGCUCAGCCACCGGUCCCUGCCCUGGGGGAGAAUCCCAAAGCCGUGGGAGGGGAGGCGUUUUCCACUGGAGACCAGGCAGAGCCUUGUGUGCAAGGUUGGAGCAGGGGAGCUGGACCAGCUGACAGCUGCCUGCCUUCCACGAAAGGUAUGCCGAUGCGAGGGAGGACGUCUUGGACAGAGCCAUGCCCACCGAGAUGCAGUGGCUGAACAUCCGGCAGUUCCACUACCAGGGGGCCAAGUGCAGCCGGCUCUGGUACCUCUGCCACCGGUGGCUGAAGCCCGAGAGACACACCAAGGAGCAGAUCCUGGAGCUGCUGAUCCUGGAGCAGUUCCUGGCCAUCCUGCCCUCCGAGAUGCAGAGCUGGGUCAAGGGAAAGGGUGCCAAGAACUGCGCCCAGGCGGUGGCUGAUGCCGAGGACUUUCUGGAGAGGCUGCGAGGCCCUGGGAGGUGGGGCGAGCAGGUGCCUUGCCCAGCGCUGCCUGUGAACUCCCUCCAACUUGCGGGGGCUGAUUCAGAGGCUGGGGGGGGACCAGCCUGGCACAGAGGUCAAGCAGGAAGGCUUUUGGGGCGAGGGACUGGCAAGCCCAAGCUGAAUAAUUCAGCGCCAGUAACAUUGCAGGAAGAGGGGGCAAGAAGCCACGUCCUUCUUGCAACAGAGGAGGAAGUUGGUUCAGGUCAUCCCGAAUCGGAGAAGAAACCUGGAAAGGGUUUGGAGGAGCCUGUCGCCCAGGGAGAAGUUUCCAGCUCCCGGGAGGAACGUGCUAAGCAUCAGAUGACUUCCCAAGGGAAGCAGGAGGCGAUGUGUGCCCUGUGUGGGAAAAGCUUCAGCCGGAGGACAGGCCUCCUUGCUCACGAGAGAGUCCACACGGGAGAAAAACCGUACAAAUGCUCACACUGCGGGAGAAGCUUCCGGUCCAAGUCGACCCUCGUGGUUCACCAGAGGACUCACACAGGGGAGAAACCCUACCAGUGCCAGGCGUGUGGAAAGGGCUUCCCAGUCACCAUGCAGCUGAUCGAACACGAGCGGACACACUCGGGCGAGAAGCCCUACCAGUGUGGGGAAUGUGGGCACGCCUUCCGCCAGAGGUCUCACUUGAAGAACCACCAGAAGAUCCACACCGGCCUCAAGCCAUUCAAAUGCUCAUACUGCGGGAAAGACUUCAGCAUCAGCUCCGACCUGAUCCGACACGAGAGGGCCCACACGGGGGAGAAGCCCUACCAGUGUCCCGAGUGCCACCAACGCUUCUGCAACAGCUCGCAAGUGAUCACGCACCGGCGAGUGCACACCGGAGAGAAGCCGUACAAGUGCCUGGAGUGCAGGAAGACCUUUGGGGUGAGCACCCUCCUAGCUGGACACUUACAGAUUCACACCGGGGAGAAGCCACAUGAAUGCUCGGAGUGCGGGAAAUGCUUUCGGCUGCGUUCGACCCUCAUCACCCACGUGAAGAUCCAUGCUCCAAAAAAGGCAUAAUUGUGGCCAGGUGGGGAAAAAUAACUUAAGAUGGGUGGGGUAGGAGGAAUCAUUCCAAAAUUGUUCAUUCCAGAACAAUUGGAACAGCCGCCUGGAUAAAACACUCUGAACUUUUCCAAGGGCUCCGUCCUCUCGUGACUGUCAGAACAACCCUGUGGAGCGGUCACAUUCCCCUAUUAGAGAUAAAACAAGGCAGCUGAGGUGGGCUUCAUUAAGUUAAUUUUUUUCUCACGGCAAAAAGGGAGAUGGAAAGCGAAGGUCUUCGGAUCCAUAGGUUGGCCUGAUUCUGUGAUGAGCCAAUUUGAGAAUGGAAGGAAGUUUAUAUGUAAGAUGGGAUGGGCAAGGUCAGGCCAAGAUUUGGGGGGCAACAUUUUUACUAGUCCAGUCUUCCUAAGGGGAUGAAUGGGAAGUUUAAGGUACUCCUUCUGCUCCUUAAAAACCUCAGAAAUCAGGCCAGAAAGUGUUGGCACCUUCAUUCUGUCCCUAGUCGUGUUCCCAAUAGCUCCUAAAGGCCAAGAAAUAUUUUUAAAAUUAAGGGAGCAACCACUGCCUUAAAAAAAUCAAGUCCCCCACUAAUUUAAGCAGACAAAUAGAUUGAGGUCUAAUGAAUUGUGAAAGGAUGAAAUAUGAAAAAGAGGGAGUGGGCAGGAAAAAGAAUGAGAUGGGUUCUAAUUUUAUCUACAUUCAUUUAAUGAAAAUAAAAUACACAUAAGGUGAUUAUGCCUUAAUCAUCUGUUGAUUUUUCCUUUUCAACACAUUAAAAAUGAAUACUUGAUAAUACAUUUUUGGUUUUUUGGAAUCUACCUCCAAGGUUUUUGGGGAUGCAUGCAGUCUCUGAAAUCAAGGUUUGACUCUGAGGUUUAAAAGUAAAGGAGAGGGGGGAAAAUUCCAAGUUUAUGUCUUGGUCCUUAUGCCAAUAUGAAGGAAGACAAAUUGUGACUACAGAUGAAGAAGUUAGCAAACAGUGGCCUAUUAGUCAAAUCAGGUGCAAGGGAGAAAUCUGGUUUAUUUUCCCCCUCAAAAAAAAAAACAACUCCCAUAGUGUUUCUCAA